UCCUUGUCUUUUUCUCUCUCUCCCUCUCUCUACGUCCUCUCGUCUCCGAUUCUUCAACUCAAUUGAAACCCUAACUCACUGUUUCGUCAAUAUCAAUGGCACCAAAACGGUCAAAACCCUUGGAAAAUCCACCGCCCGUUUCUUCUUCUGAUGAAGAGGAAGAAACGUCCAGUGGAGAAGAAGAAGACGGAGAAGAGGAAGAAGGAUCUUCGUCUGAGGAAGAGGAAACUUUAACACCAAUAAUAAAGCCACCACAGGCCCAAGCUCCCAAACCAGCAGUCAAAAAGCCCGAUUCCACCACCCAGCGAGCUGAGUCCGAUUCCGAGUCCGAGUCUGACUCUGAUUCUGAGGAUGACGGGAAAGCCACAGUCAAGCCAAUCGCUUCUAAGCCAAUGGAAGAGACUCCGACCAAGACCACUAAGUCUAGAUCCAAACCCUCGGCAUCUACUUCAUCUGUCACUAAAUCAAUUGUGGCAGUGAAAAGGGUUAGUGAAGCGGAUCGUGACCCGAAAGACUCAAAACGGCCCAAGAAGAAGGAAUCGGAGUCUGAUGGAGUUGUUGAAAAGUCGGAGGAUACAAAGAAACAACUCUUUCAAAGGCUUUGGAGUGAGGAUGAUGAGAUUGCGGUGCUAGAAGGGUUAAUUGAAUAUGCUGAAAAGAAAGGAGUUGAUCCUGCAAAGGAUAUGACCUCAUUUUUUGAAUAUAUUAAGAAAUCGCUGCACUUUGACGUCUCUUUAAGCCAGCUGAAAGAUAAAGUAUCAAGACUAAAGAAGAAGUUUGAGAACCAUGUGACCAAAGGCAAAAAGGGUGAAGAUAAAACAUUUUCCAAGCCUCAUGACCAAAAAUCCUUUGAUUUGUCGAAAAGGAUAUGGGGUAGUGCAGCAGGAGUGGAAUCGAGCGUCAAGUCAAAUGGCAAAGCAAUUAACAAUAAUAAUUCCAAAGGUAAGGGUUUGGCUGCAUUGAAGGCAGAAUUGGGUUUGGGUUCGGAUGUGGACAAGGAGGCGGAAAAGGUUGACAAGAAGGAGAGCCAUUCUGGUUUGAAACAGAUUUCUGAGUUUGAUAAGGGUGUGAGUGUUUCAGGAAUGGAGGAUUUUGUGGUUAAAAGGGGACUGGAUAUGCUUGAUGGUGCCAAAAAAGCUGAGAUGGAAGAAAAGUGGAGAGAGUUGCAUGUGGCCGAGUUGGAAUUGUUUCUGAAGCGGAAUGAGUUGAUAAGGGAGCAAGCAAAGCUCAUGUUGGCAGCAUAUAAGACUGAGUAGGGUAGACCUUUUGAAGACCAACUUUACUAUGGCAAGAGAAAUGAGGCCAGCCCUUGUAGGAAUAAAGAACGUAGAUAGACAGCAGGAAAUUUGCUAGAGAUGGAACUGCCACGAAUUGUUUUCAGGAAAACUAGCAGGUGAUGACUGACUGUUGGAUUCAAAACAACUGUUGAGGUAGUGCAGUCACAUUUAACUACAUUCGCGUUGAAUAUUUUUGCAAUUCUAAUCUUGUGAUGGUAGUUUGUAACUGGAUGGAAGGUUUAGUUUAGUUUCGCUGUGAUUUGUAUUUCUGAAGGUCUUCUGGAUGACCUGUUUGUAUGUUCAUCUUAAAAAGCUAGUCUUCAAUUUAAGAAUAGUUUUUAGUGUUGAUCGUUA